AUGGUCUUUGUCCAGCUAUCAACGUACGGCGACGACAAUACGUGGGUGCUUGAGUCCCUCAAAGAGACAGGGCCGGCUAGGGGUCGCGGCGUCGUCGCUUUCGACCCGGAGCGCGUCGAGCUUCAGACUCUCAAAGCGUGGCAUGACCUUGGUGUCCGAGGUGUUCGAGUCAACCUCAGAUCUUCCAAGACUGUUCUCUCGAAGAGCGACAUUCAGAACGUGCUGCGCCAGUAUGCCGAAAAGCUUCGGCCUUUGAAAACAUGGUCAAUCGGAUUAUACGCCGACAUGGAGGUCCUUGAUCACGUACAGCCCUUGAUCCCCGAACUCCAGGUGAAGGUUGUCCUUGAGCACUUCGGCUCUCCAGCAUUCCUGCCACUGGACCCGUCAAAACAGCCAGGCUGGGAGGCGCUGUGUCGCAUGAUGGAAGAUCCUAGUGUCUACGUCAAAAUAUCCGCCCCGUAUCUAUUCUCUGCAGAUGCAGACUUCUCCAACUUGGAGUCGUUGACAAAGGCGCUUUUUCGCAUGCGUAACGGCGCGGGAGUUGUCUUCGGCUCGGACUGGCCUCAUACGAAAUCGCGGGGAUGGGAUGCGAAGCCGUUUGAGGAAAAGGUGGUGGGAUGGUGCGAUGGGAGCGAGGAGCUACGGGAGAAGCUUUUCCGGAGUAACGCGCGAAAGCUAUGGGACAUUGAAUGA